AUGAACGCCCGGAUCCAGCGCGCUCUCACCUGUUUCUCUCCCCCUGUGUCUCAGAUCCGUUGUCUCACCUUCUUCCCAGCAGCAGGUCGGGCUGUGAAUGCUUGCAUUCACACGUGUUUCUCUCCCCCUGUGUCUCAGAUCCGUUGUCUCACCUUCUUCCCAGCAGCAGGUCGGGCUGUGAAUGCUUGCAUUCACACGUGUUUCUCUCCCCCUGUGUCUCAGAUCCGUUGUCUCACCUUCUUCCCAGCAGCAGGUCGGGCUGUGAAUGCUUGCAUUCACACGUGUUUCUCUCCCCCUGUGUCUCAGAUCCGUUGUCACACCUUCUUCCCAGCAGCAGGUCGGGCUGUGAAUGCUUGCAUUCACACGUGUUUCUCUCCCCCUUUGUCUCAGAUCCGUUGUCUCACCUUCUUCCCAGCAGCAGGUCGGGCUGUGAAUGCUUGCAUUCACACGUGUUUCUCUCCCCCUGUGUCUCAGAUCCGUUGUCACACCUUCUUCCCAGCAGCAGGUCGGGCUGUGAAUGCUUGCAUUCACACGUGUUUCUCUCCCCCUUUGUCUCAGAUCCGUUGUCUCACCUUCUUCCCAGCAGCAGGUCGGGCUGUGAAUGCUUGCAUUCACACGUGUUUCUCUCCCCCUGUGUCUCAGAUCCGUUGUCUCACCUUCUUCCCAGCAGCAGGUCGGGCUGUGAAUGCUUGCAUUCACACGUGUUUCUCUCCCCCUUUGUCUCAGAUCCGUUAUCCAUUGUCACACCUUACUAGUAUUACUAGUAGCCGCCAGCGCGAGGUUCUAGAGAUUGACGAGUCAAGGGUUCUCAAGGCGUCCGGCGCCAAGCCGCUAUUUCCCCCGGCUGCCUGCGAUGAAGCACCAGCGAUGCCACCAGCUUUCUGCCUUGAAGGCAGCGCUCCCCGCCGCGCUCUCCCCAGCGCUCGCCAUGGCGCUCUGGCUUGUCGCCUUCAACGUCUCGUCGUGCCACGCACAAGUGAUAAAUGCUUCUCAAGGGAGUACUCACGUGGCUCCCUCUCUCCUCCUCCCUCCCAAAUUCCCUCCAACCCUCCUCCCUUCCUCUCCCACUCCCUCCCUCCCUCCUCCCUCCCUCCUCUACUUCCUCCUUCCCACCCCCUCCCUCCCCCACUCCCUCCCUCCCCCACUCCCUCCCUCCCCCACUCCCUCCCUCCCCCACUCCCUCCCUCCCCCACUCCCUCCCUCCCCCACUCCCUCCCUCCCCCACUCCCUCCCUCCCCCACUCCCUCCCUCCCCCACUCCCUCCCUCCCCCACUCCCUCCCUCCCCCACUCCCUCCCUCUCCCACUCUCUCCUCCCCCCCCCUCCCUCACCCACUCCCUCCCUCCCUCCUCCCUCCCUCUCCCACUCCCUCCCUCCCUCCCUCCUACUCCCUCCCUUCCCCCUCCCCCACUCCCUCCCUCCUUCCUCCCCCCCUCCCAACUCCCUCCUCUCCCCUUUCCUUCCGACGCCCGCCUCGCAGCUUAUGCACGCAUGCUAUUAUGAUUGCUCAUGUCACUCGUUUCUUAUGCCCUCUCCUCGCCCCAACACUUCAGGGUUGUUUCUCAGCGACGUCCAGACGGAAUGGGGCAUGGGGUGGAAGGUGGGAGACAAUUGCAGCACUGCGUUAGGUAUCGAGUGCGACGCUUCAGGCAUGAUCACCUCGAUGUGA